AUGGCUAGUUUAGUUGCUUAUGAUAAUCUAAUCCAGUCUGUUUCGAGACUUUUAAUGAGAAAAGCAAACCGGAAGGUUAUUCGUAUCAGAUCACAACGAUCAAUACCAGCAUUGGUUGAUGAAGAAAUGGCAUGUUCCCAAAUGGAAAGCAUCAUGAACAUAUCGUCAAUGCCGAUUGCUACAGUAAGUAAAACAGGGAUUGCUUAA